AUGGACACUUCGCACCAGCGCAGGUCGCCGACGUCGCCGGCCAAGCAGCAGGACGCUCUUCUCGACGCCAUUGCGCACGGCAAGACCAAGGCCGCGCUCUCCCUCGUGCACAAGCUGGCUGCCAGCGGCGACCGCACGGUGGCCGACACGCUGGAGAAAGCGCUGCUGGAAGCUGCGAAGCAGGGCAUGCUCGCGGUCGUCGAGGCGCUCGUGGCUGUCACCGAUGUCAACACUGUCACAAAGAGCCGCGAGAACGCACUGCAUUUGGCGGCCGAGGAGGGCCACGCGGACGUGGUUGCCGAGCUGCUGACGACCAAGAUCCGCGUCGACGCCAAAAACUCGUCGAACCAGACGCCCUUCUUACUCGCCGCGUCAGUGGGCCACGUCGAUGUGCUCGAUGUGCUCGUCGCCGCCUCCGACAUCAAUGCGGUCGACGACGAAGGACGCAGUGCCCUCGGCGUCGCAGCGUUCCAGGGCAACGUUAACGUCGUCGGGUUCCUUCUCAGCUGCCUCGACAUUGAAGUCGACCUCCAGGACCGGUUUGGCGCAACACCCCUCAUGCUCGCCGUCUCGGAAGGCCAUGACGAGAUUGUGACGCAGCUUCUCGACGCCAACUGCGCACUCGACUUUAUUGACGCGGAGCACCGGACGGCGCUCGUGUGCGCGCUCGACGACGAAGACAAUGCGCACGUCGACCUCGCGACGCUCCUCAUUGAGCGCGGCGCCGACAUCAACCUCGCCAACCUCACCGGGUACUCGGCCUUGCACUUGGCGAUCCAACUCGGCGACUUGGGGCUGGUCCAGCUCCUCCUUGACCACGGGGCCAACAUGGAGGCGACGACCGCGACCGAGUAUGGCCGGGACACGCCCUUGACGCUCGCGCUCGAGCUCGAGCGCACCGAGAUUGCGCAGCACCUGAUUGAAGUCGGUGCGCUUGUCAACGUCUCCAACUCGGAGGCCAAGACGCCACUGCACUUGGCCGUCGAGAAGCAGCACGCGAACGUUGUCGAGGCGCUCGUCGCCAAAGGCGCUGACCUCGAAGCGCGCAACCUCUACGGCGCGACGCCGCUCAUGGUCGCGGCGGUCGAGAUGACGGACUUGGCGUUGACGCAGCUGCUCUUGCAGCACGGCGCGUCGAUUGACGCGAGUAACACGAACAAUGACACGCUCUUGUCACUCGCGGCCAUGACGCAAGAGAAGGAGAUUGCGCUGCUGCUGUACAAGACGUACUACCGCGCGCCGUCCGACAUUCCGCUGCUCGUGCCCAGCACCGCGCCGCCGUCGACCGUCCACAUUGGCGACCUAGUCUACUUUAUGUUUGCGUCCGACGACGAUUCGCACGUGCUCUCGAGCGACGGCUUUCUGCACUCGGAUCUGCACGUCUCAGAUGUGCAUGACUGGCUCGACCACCUCUUCGUCGUGCACCCGCAGCUGUCGUACGACCACGUGAGCGUCGGCGCCUUCACCGAAACGUCGGUCUCCAUGUCGAGCCUCACAAAGCCCGACCCGUACUCGGAAGAAGAGCGUGAAAAAAAGCGCAAUGCGACUCUACUGGUCGCGACGCGGACAACGACGACCGAGGUCCAGUACAACACGACGUACCAGCUGCUGCACGUCAAGUCGCAAAAGUACCUCCGCGUCAACCCCCUCGCGGCGCCCGGCACGGCCAACGUCUCGCUCGAUGCACAAGGGUCGUGCUACUCGUGGUUUCAGUUUAUGCAGCUCGCGGUGCCGUCGACGGGCAAGGAGUUUGACGAGCCCGUGGCCACGUCGACGCCGAUCUCGCUUGUGAGCGCCUGCCUCGGCGACCUCGUCGGCUCGAACCAGCGCGCCAAGCCCGUCGUGAUCACGCCGCCCAAGCCAUCUUUGCUGGCCAUUGGCAUGUACGCCCACCACGAAGCGUCCGCGGCGUUGCCCAAGGUGCUCCAAGAGCCGUGCCACCUGCUCCUCCAGGACCAAGCGGUAGCGUGUCUCGGCCAGCGCCUCGUGCCAUUAGCGACGUCGCUCGAGACGGUGCUGCAGCCACACAAGUCGAUGGACUCGGUGUUUGCGAUCGAACUCCUCGUCGCCAACGACGAAGACUGGUACCAGCUCCGGCAUGUUGGCACGCGCUACGUGCUCGGCAUGCAGUGUCCGUGCGUCACACGCGACUACAGCAUUCCCGCCGUGCUCCUCACCGAAGACACGGAGACAAUGACGCUCGCGACGCUCAAACUGGACCUCGCAUCCGACCUACGCGUGACGGUUCAGUCCACGUGCGCGCGCUGCGGCCAUCUCUGGCAUCUGAUCGGGCACAAGGACAAGCUGUACUGGAGCCCCGAGAAGGGCACCGAGGCCUUUCGCCUCGAGCCAAUCCCGGUCGACGAGAGCCAAAUGCUAUACGAAGUGUACCACUGGCGCGAGAGCUUCCUCAAGCUCGCGCAUGCUGCGCUGACGCAGGCGCCGCCGUCGCGCCUCCACCACAUCAUGGCCCACGUGACGACGACGACGAUGCAGAUCGUCGAGCUCAUGGACAAGCAGUUUGAAGAAGACGAAGAAAACGCGCGCUUGCGAGCGUAUAAGACGGUGUGCAUCGACAUGGACAUUCUCGAUGCUAUCUUUAUGGCGGCUGCGUGCUUGGACUACAUUCCGGCCAGCGACGACCUGACUGCGAUGCUCGUCCCGUUUUGGAAAGCGCUGCGGUGCCUCAUUGUGGGCAAUGCGGCCAGCGAGGCGUACUUGCUCAUGGAGUUUGACGCAUCGCAUGGCAAGAUCAAGAUCAUCAACGCGCUCUCGAGCCGCGCGUCGGUCGGCAAUGUCGACUGCACGGCCAUCAUCGCGACUCUCAUCGCCAAGAACCCGAAUUCGCUCGAGCUGUUUCUCGACCAAAGCAACGUGCACGGCAAAGCGUCGGCGUUCGCGGCCGACUAUGCGCGCGACCCGAUCCGCACGAUGCAGCUGCUCAUCGCGAUGAGCUCGACCGACCGCGACGCGCUGAGCUUCCUCACGGCGGCCAAGUUGGAGGACCAUGAAACUAAGGUAGCGACACUUCUGCUCCAGCACGUGUGGGCGCAUCACUGCAUCGAGACGAGUAUCGACGAGACAACGUCCGAUGUCGCCGUGUCGUGGUCGACGACGUCGCAGGUCGAUUUGCUCUUGCAGCCGGACGAGCUCGGUCUCUUGCCAGAAGCCCACGUCGAAGACGGCGUCGCCCGCGUGCCGCUCCAAGUGCUCAGCCGCGCGAUCCAGCCGCACCUCAAGACGUUCUGGGCCGACAGCUUUACCAAGCGCGCGCAGAAAUGGUGCGUCUUGUUCCUCCACCAGCUCAAGCUCGUGUCAGUGCUCGUCAAGACCAACGUGACGUGCCAAAAGCUCUUUCAAAAGAAAUUCUCGCUCCCGCUCUUGCUGCGCGUGAUCGAGUCGCCGGCGAUGCAAGGCCUGCCGUACUCGAUGCGCGGGCUCUUUCUCCAGCUCUUCCAGUACCUCUACUUGGCACCCCCGACGACCGCGAGCCAGGACAUUCGCCUCACAACGUGGUUCCUCAACCUCGACAGCCGCGCGUCGCUCGGGUUCAUGGACGACGACAACGCGUACGUCUCGUCCGUCGCGCAAGAGUCGGUGAAAGCGCUCAUUGCCGACACGCUCAACCGCCCAAAAGCGCCCAACAACUACUUUGCGUUUGUGUACCACGUGCUCGAUCUCCUCGACCUCGUGCUCGACCUCGGAUGGUACACGGCGAUCCCGAGCUUCAUGUGCGGCCGGCUGCUCAAGACGCUCUUUGCGGCGGGCAUGAGCUGGGAGCUGCUCACGCCGGUCGUGUACCCGGACGUGCACUCGGACAUGGACCCGUUCGACCUCCUCGGCGCGACGUCGCUUUCGAUGGGCGUCAACAAGGUCGUCUUGUGCCAGCGCCGGCUCCUCGCGGUCAUUGCCAAGUUUACGCAGCUCUUUGUGCUCCGCAGCAUCGAGUACACUAUGGACUAUAUGCCCGAAGCCUCGGAUGUCAUGGUGCAGUACCUCUCGAUGCUCGCGUGUCACUCGGACCGGCUCCUCGCCGAGGCAGCGAUGCGCAACGUGGCGCAGAUUCUGCCGGCAUACAACUUUGCGUGGAUGCGCACGGAUUACGUCAUCUGCAUGAAGCUCAAGCGCGUGAACGCCGACUACGAGAAGCUCCGCGAAGUGCUCAAAGACGCCAACACCAUUUUGGACGCGCGCGCGCACGAGAUUCGCUUCACCUUGUCCAAAGAAGACGCGAAAAAGUCGUUCCACAAGGCGAGCGGGAAGCGCAAGGACAUUCUGAGCGCGCUCUCGCCGGUAUUGCAAGCGUGCCGGCUCAGCGACAAGUGGGGCAAGGACGCGUCGCUUGUCGACUUGCUCUUGCUCGCGCACGUACCCAAGCGGAUUCUGUCCUACUUGACGACGUCGUUGCUCAAGCACGCGUUCACCGUGCCCGACUACGAGACGCUCAACGUCGAGCAAAACUACUUUUGCCCCAACCAAGCGUUCUACCCGUACCGUCAGUUCAAGGAGCAGUGUGUCCGCGACCGCAUCAAGUUUGCCAAGUCGCUUCUGCAGGUGCUCAAGGCCAUGCUCCGCCACCCGCAAGCGCUUCUGGAUGACACCAAGAUGGAGCUCCUCUCGAUCCUCGGGCGCCUCGUGCAGGCGAAUGCGACGUUUGUCGAGAGCGUCGGCCACAUUGUGCUCGAGAUGCUCCAUGGCACGACGCCAUAUAUGCCAGUCGACUCGCGCUUUACAACGCUCUUUCAAAUCCUGCUCGAACAUCUGCAGACGAGCGAAAUGGCCGGCCGCGUCGUGCUCCGGCUCGUCAACAUUGCACCCCGCGCCGAGUGGAAGCACGACAUCAACCUCUACCUCUUCCACUCGGAUCUCGACAUCAAGCAGACGUUGGCGCUCGUGGACGCGGACGAGCCCGAGACGCUGGCGUCACCGUCGUCCCGUCCCGUGAGCAGCGGGCCGAUGCCGGAAGCCAAGCUCUCGAUCUACUGCAACUUGCUCGAGCUGCUCGCGAUGGUCGCGGACGGCAAGACGCACGAGAGCAUGUUUGGCCACCUCGAGAGCAAGAGCAUCUUUUCGCUGCAGUGGCUCCUCGAGCUCUUUUUACAGAAGCGGUCGACGCUCCAGCUCAAGCGCGUGUCGCUGCUGCUCAUGGCGUGCCUCUACUUUGAGAGCACGGUCGGCGUCGUGCAGCUGCCGGCGUCGUCCUUGCCGUCGCUCGAGCUCGUCUUCCAGCGCUGCCACAGCUUGCUCCGCGACCUCUCGCCCAAGAACGAGCUCAUCGUGCUCGAAGGUAUUUUGCCCUGGCUCCGCGGCUGGUACACGCUUGUCGAGACGCGCAAGCAGCCGCUCGUGCUCGACUUUCACGGCGCGUCGAUCACGCCGCUCUUAACGGCCAUCCACGACCUCCUCGAGACGCUCAUCAAGGACCACGCGCGGUUCACGUGCGUGCACACGACGGUCACGCUGGAAGAAAUGGUGGCGCGUCUCCAGCGGCCGGAGCUGUGCCCGCACAUGGCCGCGCUCGUCUGGGCCCAGCGCCGCGUCGCACGCGAUUUGCAAAAGGCCGGGCUCGAGAAGAGCGCCGGCUUGUGCCAAGGCCACUUUCGCGAGUUUGUGCGGCAGACCGUCGUCGAGUGCAUGGCGCCGAUUCUCAAGGAGCAGCUGCCGCUUCUCGAGCCGUCGGUGGUCCACGCCCACGGCCAGAUCGCCCACUUUGUCUCGAACGAAGACGAGGUCGCGCACGUCGUGCACGUGGCCGAGUUCUUGCUCCGUUGCGAGCCCAAGGCGGUGGCGCCAACGACCCACGACCUCCUCGCGAUCGUGCUCUCCAAGCAGGACUGGAACGUCAAGCCCAAGGCGCACAAGACGCCGACGACGCUCACGAGCGGCAACGUCGAAGGGCUCCUCUCCGGCCCGCGCAAGUGGCUCUCGACCCGUACCUUCCACGGCGAAAAGUACCGGUCGAUCGACAUUGCGCGCCAGCCGUCGUCCGGACACUCGCUGGCGCCCAUUGUGCUGGACCUCGACCAAGUCGCGACCUCGUGGAAGCAGACGCUGACGAGCAUGGUGGACGCGACCGCGCUCCUCCAGGCGCUCGCACAGCUUGUGCUGCAGGAGACGCCGUCGUGGACGCUGGCGCUCGGCUUCCUCGUGCACGCACUGCGGGCCAAGCGUAUGAAAGCCACAUCCGACGACGAGCCGGACGAGAAGGUGCUAUUGCAAGCCGCCGCGAUCUGGCGCAAGACGCUCGCGGUCGCCGUCAAGGUCGACGUGGCCAAGGUCGUCCUCACGUGCAUCCAGCGGGCGAUGCGGGACGCCACCAACCCCGUGCUGAGUGCAAUGACGCUGCAGCUGCUCGCCGAGUUCCUCGCGGAUGGGUACGACGCGGCGCAGGACGCACUGUACGCGUCACUGGACGCGAGCUCGCCCGAGCAGCAGCUACUGGUCGCCACCUUCCUCAUGCAGCACGUCGAAGCGCAGACGCACGCCGUGGCCGCCCACACGCACCACGACGUGGUCCUCGACGGUGCGAUUUCAGCGCUCACGCUGCUCCAACUGCUUUGCGAGAACCACCACCACGACUGGCAAGCGCUCAUGCGCUCGACGACGAUUCGACCGCCACAGAGUUUUCUCGACAGCGCGAUCGAGCUUCUCAGUGCGAUUUGCAGCCGCGGGCUUCGGUUUGAACCCACGGACAUGAAGGUGCUCUCCAAGGUGUUUGCGUUCCUGAGCGAGGCGUGCCAAGGGCCGUGCUUGGAGAACCAAGCGAUUCUGACCGAGAGCAUCGUGCCCAAGUGGUGUGCGCUGCUCGUGCUCGACACGCGCGACGUGCCGGCCGCGGACCGCGUCGCCGCCGCCAAGUUGCGCAAAAACGCGAGCGAAGUGCUUCUGGCGAUGACCGAGUGCCGCAGCGACGCCGUCGUGCACAUUCCGCUCUCGCGCUUGCUGCCGCCCGACGACAUUGCAUCAGUCCUCUCGCACAACCGCCAGCUGCUCAAGACAUCGGACACGCGGUUGGGCCAUGCAGUCUUUGAAGCGUCCAUCGAGUUUCUCCGCGUCGCGUAUGCGCUGUUGGCGUGCAAUGACGUGGCACUCGCAGCGUUCGCCAAGCAGUGGAAGGACCUCGAGAACAGCGACGUCGACUUUUUCGCGGGCCAAACGAUCUCGAUUCAGAUCGUGCGCGGCGACGCCAACGUGGCCGUCUACUUUCCCAAGCCGCCGGAAGCCAAGUACCUCCAGCGUCCGGAGCAGAAGCGGCUUCUGGACGCGAUGGAGAUGGGCACAGAAAACGCUCUCUCGGUCUUUACGUCCAAGGCAGCGCGGACGAUCGACGAGGAGCUCAAGACGCGGCACGCGCUCGCCGACUCGCGCUUGUACGCGUGGAUGGCCGGCCACAGCCUCGCGCUCCGUCGGUGGAUGUUCAUUUUGUGUCUCUUCCUCAACUUUAUCAUGGUGCUCGGCAUGGAGAUGGACGAGGCGACGCUGCUGCCCUCGAUGGAAGCCAACGUGCAAGCGGUGUUUUACGCGUUUGGCGUGAUUUUCGCGCUCAUUUGCACGUCGCUGUGGAUCUUCCACAUUGCGACCAGCAUGUCGUUCCACAUGGCCAAGCAGCAAAUCGAGCCAAUGAAGCUGUACAUGCUGCAGUGGGCCGACGUCAAGCAGCGCGUUGUGACGGCGAUUUUGGACCUGCUGUUUGUCUUUGCGGUGCUCGCGGGCGUCUUUAUCGUCAUCAUCCUCGUCUUUGGCACGGACGACGUCGUGACGCAGAUCAACGCCGUGCUCGCGCUCCUCUUCUUCAUCUACUCGUGCUUCCGGUGCCUCCGCCGCAUUGCCGGCACCUUGCACUUUAUGUACAUUGUCGAAGACCACGCGAUCAACAAGAAGCUCGGGUGCGCCCGGCUGCUAUUCUGGUACAACGUCGUAUUCGACACGCUGGUCUCGGACGUGGUCGUUAUCUUCACCAUCUACACGCUCUGCGCGUACAUUGGGCUUGCGCGCUCGUGUCUCUCGUAUGGGUACCUCUUUUAUGGUGUCCCGCUGCUCGACCUCCUCGGCACGAAUGCCCGUCUCGCCAACAUUCUCAAGGCCGUCACGUUCAACUUGGCGCCGCUGGGCAUGACGAUGGCAUUUGGCGCGAUCGUCAUCUACGUCUUCUCGCUCAUCGGGUUCUUCUUCUUCCAAGCGGAAAUGAUGGAAGGCGACGCGAACGCGCAGUGCUCGUCGAUGAUGCAGUGCUUCUUUGUCUACAUGCACUACGGGUUGCUGAGUGGCGGCGGCAUUGGCGACUACAUGACGGGGUCGAUCGACCACCCGCUCGACUACACGGAGCCGGUCAAGUUCUUCUUCCGCGUCGUUUACGACCUCUUCUUCUUCAUCAUCGUGCUGCUUUUCCUCAUGAACGUCAUCAUGGGUAUCAUCAUCGAUGCGUUCGGCGCGCUGCGUGAGGCGGCCGAAGAGAAGGACCGGACGGCCAUGAACUCGUGUCUCGUGUGCAACACGUCCAAGGACGACAUUGAGUACGCGGGCAUUCGCCUUGGCCUCCGCGACAACUUUGCGCGCCACACGAACGAAGAGCACAACCUGUGGCACUACUUCUUCUUCAUCAUGUACCUCAAGGGCAAGCCGACGACCGACAUGAACGGCACCGAGUCGUUCGUGUACCAGAAGGUCCAGGCCAAAGAGAUGUCGUGGAUCCCCAAGAACCGCGAUGUCGCCAACGACUCGGACAUUGAGCAGCUCAAGGACCAAGUGCGUGAGCUCACGGAACUCAUUACGUCCAAGCUUCGGGAUCUUUAAGCCCCUUGCAUAUGCAUGUUUCCACUGUCAUC